GUCGAGUUUGCAUUCAAUUCCCAGCAUGACUGCUCGGCCGCCAACUGCACAGUUUCGGGCACGCGCAUGGCUGUCCAGGAGCGUGAAGCAUCAGGACGUGAAGAGGGAUACCUAGAACACAAGCACUCACCAGCAGAUUGGUUUAUAAUCAACAUGCACGGCUUCCACAAUGCGCACCUCUUGCGCGCUGUCCUUCCUCGGCAGUUGACUAGGCCAGUUCUCCUAUAUCCGGAUCGAUGGGCAAAACACAAGGAGCAAGCAAAACGGCUUCGAGAGGUCAACACAGCCAAG